ACUCACUCCAAGGGUUGCGCGAUGGCAGGGUCCGUGCUGCGGGGGAUCGCGCUGUUUGUGGCGGUGUUUUCCGCGGGCGCGGGGGUUUUACAGGCCGCGGAUGAUAUCCUGGUGGGCUGCGGCGGGUUUGUGAAGUCGGAUGUGGAGAUUGAUUACUCGCUGAUCGAGAUUAAGCUGUAUACAAAGCAGGGCUCUCUGAAAUAUCAGACGGACUGCGCUCCCAUCAAUGGAUAUUUCAUGAUCCCUCUCUAUGAUAAGGGUGAUUUCCUACUUAAAAUAGAACCACCUUUGGGAUGGAGUUUUGAGCCGAUGACGGUGGACCUGCAUGUGGAUGGCCUUACUGACAUUUGCACUAAAGAGCAGGACAUUAAUUUCUUCUUCACUGGGUUCUCAGUGUUAGGAACGGUGCUCAGUAAAGGUCAUCUGCAGGGUCCUGCCGGAGUCGAGGUUAACCUGAAAAAUGCUGGAGAGGAGGAGGUUCUUCAGACGGUGUUCACUCAGGCGGGAGGACAGUACACCUUUACCAAAGUGCUCCCUGGAAAUUAUGAUAUCACCGCAACCCACGCCUCCUGGACCCUGGAGCUGAGCUCAACCUCGGUGGCCGUGUCAAAUGCUAACGCUCCAGCUAAAGCUCCCCUGGUGGUUAGAGGCUAUGACGUCUCUGGGGAGGUGCAGAGCGAUGGUGAACCUAUGAAGGAGGUUAAUUUCCUCCUCUACUCCUCCACUAUGGCACCAGAGGACAUAAACGGCUGCAGCACAGCUCCUGUAGAUGGAGCCGUGUUGGAUGACCCAUCACUAGUGUACUUGUGCAGUGCACAAUCACGUGAAGAUGGCACCUUUUCCUUCCCCUGUCUGCCCAGUGGUGAAUACACCGUGGUGCCGUAUUACAGAGGAGAGAGGAUCACUUUUGAUGUUGCUCCUUCUCGGCUGGAUUUCAGGGUUGAGCACAACAGUAUGAGGCUGGAGCCCACUUUCAGAGUGAUGGGUUUCUCAGUAAUGGGUCGAGUUCUGAAUAGUCCGAAUGGAGAAGGGGUUUUAGAUGCAGUCGUCACUUUAAACAACCAGAUUAAAGUGCUGACCAAAGAAGAUGGUUCGUUCCGCUUGGAGAACAUGACCACUGGCACGUAUACCAUCAACACUCAUAAAGAGCUGAUGUUUUUUGAGACGGUCACAGUGAAGAUCGCACCCAGCACUCCCCAGCUCCCUGACAUCAUUACAGCAGGGUUCAGUGUGUGCGGUCAUAUCUCCGUCACUCGUCUUCCAGAGACCAUAAAACAUCUCGGACGCUACAAGGUGACCCUCUCCGGACAAGGACGUGAGCAGGGCGUGGUUCGCACUAUAGAGAGUGACCAUCAGGGGGCGUUCUGCUUCCAGGCCAAACCAGGAGAUUACAGUGUACAGGUCACCCUUCCGGAAGCGGAGGUUAAAGCUGGUCUUGCGCUGCAGCCUCAGUCUCUGGAUAUCUCAGUAGUGGAUCGUCCUCUCGGAGAUCUCCUCUUUACUCAGUUUAUAGCAGCCGUCUCUGGCUCGGUCUCGUGUUUAGCUGCUUGUGGAGAUCUCACAGUAACCCUGCAGCCUGUGAACAGACAGGGCGAGCGGCAGAACAUCCAGCUCUCCGGCAGCAGUGAAGUCCUCAGCUUCUCCUUCACUAAUGUUCUGCCUGGGAAAUACAAAGUGGCCAUCACACAUGAGGAGUGGUGCUGGAAGCAUAAGUCAGUAGAGGUGGAGGUUCUGGACUCGGAUGUGGAGGGAGUGGAGUUCAGACAGACGGGCUACAUGCUGCGCUGCUCCCUGUCUCACGCCAUCACACUGGAAUUCUUCCAAGAUGGCAGCAAACCUGAGAACGUUGGCGUCUACAAUCUCUCCAAGGGAGUUAAUCGCUUUUGCCUGUCUAAACCAGGUGUUUACAAAGUGACUCCCCGCUCCUGCCAUCAGUUUGAACAGGAUUAUUACACUUAUAACACAUCUGCCCCAAGUAUUCUAACUCUGACGGCCGUCAGGCACCACAUGACUGGACUCAUCACCACUGACAAAAUGCUGGACGUCACCGUUACUAUCAAGUCUUCGAUCGAGAGCGAGCCGGCGCUGGUGCUGGGUCCCCUGCGCUCGGCGGAGGAGCAGCGUCGGGAGCAGCAGCUGCUGGAGAUCGCAGCUCGCAGGAAAGAGCGAGAGGAGAAAGGGGAGGAGCAGGGUCCUCCUGUGGAGGAGAAACCAGAUGAGCUGCAGGAGCCUUUCCACUACGAGUUCUCCUACUGGGCUCGGGCUGGGGAGAAGAUAACGGUCACCCCCUCAUCCAAAGAGCUGCUGUUUUACCCGCCGGAAGUGGAGGCCACCAUCACAGGAGAGAGCUGUCCGGGUCAGAUGGUGGAGAUCUCCGGCCGGGCGGGGCUGUUCCUGCAGGGACAGGUGUCUCCUGAGCUGGAAGGUGUGGAGAUCUCUAUUAAAGAGUCGGGGAUGACGGAGCCUCUCAUCACGGUGCUGACGGAUGAAAGAGGAACCUACAGUGUUGGGCCUCUGCACAGUGAUCUGCAGUACGAUAUCAGUGCCAGUAAGGAGGGGUUUGUGCUGACUCCAGUGGAGGAACAGACGGGAGACUUUAAGGCCUUUGCUCUGGCCGGCGUCACUUUUGAGAUCAAGGCAGAGGAUGGCCAGCCUCUCUCUGGAGUUCUCCUCUCUCUGAGUGGAGGAAACUUCCGCUCCAACCUGCUCACCCAGGACACCGGCCUCCUCACCUUCAACAACCUGAGUCCCGGCCAGUACUACUUCAAACCCAUGAUGAAGGAGUUCCGCUUUGAGCCCUCAGCUCAGAUGAUCACAGUGGAGGAAGGCCAGAAUCUCAAUAUACCCAUCACUGGCUUCAAAACUGCUUACAGCUGCUAUGGCGCAGUGCAGUCUCUGGGUGGCGAUGCUGAGCAGGGCGUGGCUGUGGAGGCGGUGGGGCAGGGCGAGUGUAACAUGUACAGCGAGGACACCGUCACCGAUGAUGCAGGACGCUUCCGUCUGCGAGGCCUGCUGCCUGGGUGCACCUACACUGUUCAGCUGAGAGGAGAAGGGAAUGACCACAUAGAGAGAGCCCUGCCUCAACACAGAACCAUAGAGGUGGGCAGCACUGAUAUAGAUGGAGUGAACAUCAUCGCCUUCAGGCAGAUCAAUCAGUUUGACCUGAGUGGGAACAUCAUUACCUCACCUGAGCACCUGCCUACUCUCUGGGUGAAGCUGUACAAGAGUGAUAACCUUGACAAUCCUUUCCAGAGUGUGUCUCUUGGUCAGUCUCUCUUCUUUCACUUCUCUCCGCUCCUGCGCGAUGGAGAGAGCUAUGUCCUGAUGCUGGACACCACCCUGUCCCGCUCCCAGUAUGACUUUAAACUCCCUCAGGUCUCCUUCACGUCCUCUGGCUACCAUAAACACGUCACGCUCACUUUUAACCCUACUAGAAAACUCCCAGAUCAAGAGGUUGCUCAAGGAUCUUACAUUGCACUGCCUCUGACUCUGUUGUUGUUACUGGCAGUGUAUAACCAUGAAAAGGUGAUCCCGCUGUUCCUGCAGCUGCUGAGCCGCAUCCAGGGGGUCAGAGGACUUUCCCAGACCAGCGGUGAGGGUCUAACUACGGAUGAAGCCAAGAGACCAUCCAAGAGACCUAAGACGAGACGCACAUAAUCCUCCAGGGACAAAAUCAGAGCUUCAGACACUACAAACAACUUUCUUUUCUGGCCGAAACGCAAGACUUGAGUUUCUCAGCCCUGCAGUUUUACAUCUCUGUGAAGUCUCUGUGUUUAAGAGCCUCACUGAUGAGUCUCGGGACUUUUAACAGCUGGUGCUUUAUCGAGGUUUAGAAAAGAGCUGCAGUCAAAUAGUUUCAGGCUUAGAAGAGCAUUAGAAGUGGCUGUUUGUUUGAAGUAUUUUUAUUUCUUGGCGUCUUCUUGGAGAGUUCUGUUCGAAACCCUGGUGUGUGUGUUUGUGUGUGAAUGUGGCUCUGAAACUGCGUGUUUGUGAAUGUGGUUACUCAGGGAGGAGAGUGGAUCUGAACUAAUGCGUGAGGAUGUGUGUAUGACUGUGUGUGUGUGUGUGUGUGUGUGUGUGUGUGUGUGUGUGUGUGUGUGUGUGUGUGUGUGUGUGUGUGUGUGUGUGUGUGUGUGUGUGUGUGUGUGUGUGUGUGUGUGUGUGUGAUUAAAUUUGAUAGUUUCUAUCAUAACAAGACACUGACCCAAGUAGUUAAUUAAAUAUGAUGAUGAUGAUAAUGAUUAUGAUGAUGAUGAAGAUGACGACACUUGUUUGUAUUAAUGAAAUAUUUAUUAACAACAGUGAAAUCGAUUUUCCCAUUUUUUUUUCUAAUUCCUAAACUAAAGCCAAUCAUUUUUGAGCAUUUGGAUCAUAGUUAAUAUUUUUAGGUUAGUGUUAUAAUAUUGUGCUACUGACCAUCCAACCAGAUUGCAACCAACAUUUGCAACCAAUACAUUUUAAAUCAUGAUUAAUAACAUCCAAAGUCCAAAUAGGUGAUUGUGACAACAUGCAUUAAAAAGGUGGUAUAAUAUUUUUUUUGCAUGGUCAUUAUGAGUAGUUUUGAGUUUGGAGCAAUUUGACCAUUAAAUAUGUUUUGUUAUUUUUUUUAUAUAAUAAAAUUAUGUCCCAUCAAGCUAGAAACUUCCUACAAGCAGCUCUGAAUAUUUGUGACUUUUUUAUUUUAUUAUUUAAUUUGUCUCCAGUGUGUUAAUGAAUUUGGUGCGUCUCGAGUCCAUGACCUGUAUCACAAGUUCGGGACGUAACUCUCAGUGAAAUUCUCAGUGAAAACAAAGAAAUAAAAUAAAAUUAUUUGGGAGAAAAAAA